AUGAGAGCGCGCGGGAUGCAGCGGAGCGCCCAGGAAGCGGUGGCGGUAGCGGUAGCGCACGGCGAACCGGGAGUUGUAGUCCGGGAGCCGCUCGGCGGUGGCAGCGCGGAUGCGGCAUUGCGGCUGUCCGGCCCCUGGGCGGCCCCCCCGGGGGGCUCGGUCCGACUGCCCCUCGUGAAGCAGCAGCACCCGGCACCAGCGAGCGAGCGGCGCAGGAAGAGCAGCGGCGCUGAGCAGCAGCGCCAUCCGGGCUACGGGCGGGACAUCCGGGCCGGGGGCGCCGAUCACGCGCGGGCUGAGAGAACAGAGGUACUCAGUGAAGACCUGUUGCAGAUCGAGAGGCGCCUGGACACCGUCAGGUCCGUGUGUCACCUGGCCCAGAAGAGGCUGAUUGCCUGUCUGCAGGGCCAGCAUGGCACUGACCCUGACAAGAGACACAAAAAACUUCCUCUCACAGCUCUGGCUCAAAACAUGCAGGAAGGAUCCAUCCAGCUGAGUGAUGAAACUCUGCUGGGGAAAAUGCUGGAUACCUGUGGGGAUGCAGAGAAUAAACUGGCAAUGGAGCUCUCCCAGCUUGAAGUACAGAUUGAGAGAGAAGUUAUAGACCCACUGUGCCUGCUGACAGAGACAGAGAUCCCAAACAUCCAGAAGCAGAGGAAGCAGCUUGCAAAGCUGGUGCUGGACUGGGAUUCUGCAAGGGGAAGAUACAACCAAGCCCACAAGACUUCAGGAACAAAUUUCCAAGUGCAUCCUUCAAAAAUAGAAUCUCUUAAGGAAGAGAUGGAUGAGGCUGGAAACAAAGUAGAGCAGUGCAAGGACCAGCUGGCUGCAGACAUGUACAGCUUUGUGUCCAAGGAGGGGGAGUACGCCCGCUGCUUUGUCACGUUAUUAGAAGCACAAGCAGAUUACCAUAGAAAAGCAUUAGCAGUCAUAGAAAAGGUCCUACCCGAAAUUCAAGCCCACCAAGACAAAUGGACUGAAAAGCCAGCUUUUGGAACUCCUCUGGAAGAGCACCUCAAGCGCAGCGGGCGGGAAAUCGCGGUGCCCAUCGAAGCCUGCGUCAUGAUGCUGCUGGAGACAGGCAUGAGAGAGGAGGGCUUGUUCAGAAUUGCUGCUGGAGCCUCCAAGUUAAAAAAGCUGAAAGCUGCCCUGGACUGUUCCACUUCCCAGCUGGAUGAGUUUUACUCAGAUCCCCACGCUGUUGCAGGUGCCUUGAAAUCCUAUUUACGGGAGCUGCCAGAGCCUCUCAUGACCUACAGCCUGUAUGAGGAGUGGACACAAGCUGCCAAUAUUCAGGACCAGGAUAAGAAGCUCCAGGAGUUAUGGAGGAUUUGUAACAGAUUACCUGAGCAUUACCGUGUUAACUUCAGGUAUUUAAUCAAAUUUUUAGCCAAGCUUGCCCAGAACAGCGACGUUAACAAAAUGACACCGAGCAACAUCGCCAUAGUCUUGGGCCCCAACUUGUUGUGGGCAAAGAAUGAAGGAUCCCUUGCUGAGAUGGCAGCAGCCACCUCAGUGCAUGUGGUGGCAGUGAUUGAGCCCAUCAUUCAGCAUGCAGACUGGUUCUUCCCUGGAGAUGAGGAUUUCAAUGUGUCUGGGGCGUUUGUGGCAGUUCCUGCUGUAAAUUCCAACCACUUGUCACACACUGGGAAUGACUAUGAAUGUGGGACCCUGGAGAGGAAGAGGCCUCUGAGCAUGACUGUGAUGGAAGGGGAUUUGCUGAAGAAGGAAAGCUUUGGUGUGAAGGUGCUGGAGCUGUCUGUGACCCCGCGGCGGGGCGGCACUGUGAGCAGAAAGCUCACCUCGCCCGCCUUCCAGCCGCCGCUGCCGCCCUGCGAGCCCGCGGGGGCUGAGCCCUGCCCGCCCUCGGGGGCUGAGCCCGGCCCCGGGGCUGGCCCCGCUCCCUCUGCUGCCCCAGCAGAGCAGCCCCAGGCUCCAGGCACUGAGGAUGCCAGCACCUCCAAGGCCAAGGAGAGCACGAGUGCAGCCACUCCUCCCCCGGUGAGGAACGGCCAGGCAGGCCCAGCCCCGGGCCAGGCAGCGCCCAGCAGCUCCCAGCUCUCUGUCAGCCAGCCCCAGAACGCUGCUGGUCCCAGUCCCCACGCCCUGAGGAGAGCUGUGAAGAAGCCUGCACCAGCCCCCCCCAAGCCAGCCAACCCCCCCCCGGGGCAGCCAGGCAGCCAAAGCUCUUCCCCAGCUGCUCAGCCACCUUCCAUCUCUCCAAAACCCCCGGCCAGAAGCUCUUCUCCUCCUGCUCAACAGGCGAACCCGGGAGCAGCCCAGACCUCCUCCCCCGGCCAGGUUUCCGCACCUCGCAGAUACUCCAGCAGCCUGUCCCCGCUCCAGGCUCCCAGCCACCCGCCCCCGCAGCCCCCGGCGCAGGCAACUCCUCCCCUGCAGCCCAAGGGCAGCAGCAGCAGCAGCAGCCAAGCAUCUCCUGGCGAGCAGGGCCCGGAGCAGCAGCAGCAGCAGCAGCAGCAGCAGCAGCAGCAGCAGCAGCCCUGCUCCUCCUCCUCCUCGGUGCCCCUGCCGCAGACCCCCACCCCUCCCGACACGCCCCCGCUGGGCAAGCACCCGGGCGGUGCCCCCGCCGUGCCCCCCGAGCCCUGCCCGGCUCCCUGCGGCCCCCAGGGGGGCACCUUGCCCCGGCCCCGGCCCGUGCCCAAGCCCAGGAACAGACCCAGCGUGCCCCCCCCGCCGCACCCUCCCUCGCAGCCGCCCGCCGACGGGACUGCAAACCCGCCACCAACGGGCUCCAAAAUUGUCACAGGUGGGGAUGGUUACUGCGAAUAAGAUGUUUGACCAGCAUUCAGUAGGAACUGUAUUGGCAAGUGCAAUGGAGAUGCCUGGGACCCCCCAACUCAGUGAGCUGGCCCCGGCCCGGCUGCUAAACUUGCUGUUCCCUUUUUGUGCAGACUCUAAUUCCAGUAUUCCAGAGCCACUUCCAAACCCUCCUCCAGAGCCUCCUGCAGAGCUGGGCAGAGAGCUGCACACCCACCUGCUGCUGGACAUUGACAAUGACACGGAGAGCACCGCGCUGUGACGCCGCCUUCCAGCUCCUCCGGGGGGAAACCCGCAGACCUGACAGGGAAAGGCUUCUUCUGGCAGCGUGCCACAGCUGUGCCCAGCUGGCACCGGGGCCUGGGGGCACGCUGAGCUCCAGGCUGGCCCAGCUUGGAGCAGAGCUCUCAGAAAAUGGAGCCCAGCCUUCGGCCAGGUUUCGCCCUCAGAAGAAGUUUAAUGAUCUGGGUCUGGACAACGGUUUUCAAACUCUUGGAUGGAAGGAAUGAAUUUCCUGCAGGAACUCGCCUAGGAAGCGUGGUCAGUGCUGAUACAGGUGGUAUGAGCAGAAAUUCCAAAAGAAUAAGAAGCAGAACGUUAGUUAUUUAAAGUGCAUGUCUGUAUUAUGGAAAUAACCCUUCUCACGGCACGGUUAGAGGUUCUUUGUAGUUCUAGCCCGUCCCAGGAGCUGCUCCCAAGGGACAUUCCCUCUCCCAAGGGACAUUCCCUCUCGGAUUUGCUGCAGAUUCCCCUCAAGCCAUGAACCAAACCCUGCCCCAGUGCUGGUGGUGACUGCUGGUUCUCAGUCACCUGUGGAACUGUGGAUGCAUCCAGUGCCUUGAAGGACUGUCGUGCUGUAGGAGGAACUUCUGUCUCUUUAAUCAUUUCAUUGCUACUUAGGAGCAGUACUUACCCUGAUUUCAUAGUUAUUUGUAUUAACCUGCUUUGUUCAUGUGCAACUGGCAACUGUUUCACGAGGAAACCCUGGAAAUGGGGUUUGUGCUUUUGUUGAAAACGGUUGAAUUUUGAAAGAACUUUGAAACAGCUGUUUGGAUUCAGAAGUUGAGUGAACAUUUAUAAAAGUAAAGAUUGUUUUUUGUCAACUUAA